CUUAAUUACUAGCUCAUUGAAAAAUGAAAAAUAGCCGCGAACUCGAUCGGAAAAUUGACGCCGGCGGCAAAUUGUCGGCGACUCCAUAAAUUUCACUGCAAGCUUCUUACAGGCGUUUCUCUCAUUCAGUCCCCAUAGGAAAUUCUCUAGGUAGCAAGCAUGAGCAGAAAACCAACGGCGGUGUUUAUGGCCUUCGGAACCAAAGGCGACAUCAAUCCUAUAGCUGCCAUAGCAGUAGCAUUUGCUUGUGAUCAGCAGCAAUAUCGGGUGUAUUUUGUAACUCAUUCAGCUCACGAGAAUUUGAGAAUGCAUUUGGAAGCAAAGGGAGUUAUGUACAUUCCAGUUUCAACACCACCUGUUCUUUCUCCUUUACAACAUCAUGGUUCUGCAGAAGAACCCUUCUCUCUCCACAAAAAGGAACUUACAAGAAAAAAUAGACAAGAAUGUAUUUCAAUUAUUGAGGACAUAUUUGGAGAUGGCUCUAGCAUGCACAAUGAUCUCAUUGCCAUCAAUUUCUUCGCAUUGGAAGGUUGGAGUCUUGCAGAGCUUUUUAAUGUUCGUUGUGUUGUUGCUGCUCCUUAUGUUGUUCCUUACAGUGCCCCUGCUUCAUUUGAACGGCAAUUUAAGAGAGAGCUCCCACAUCUGUAUAAGUAUCUCCAGGAAGCCCCUGUUGACAAGGUUGGUUGGAAAGAUGUUAUCCACUGGAUGUGGCCACUUUUUACUGAGGAAUGGGGAUCAUGGAGAAGUUUUGACCUAAAGCUGAGUGCGUUGCCUUUUACGGAUCCAGUAACAGGUCUUCCAACAUGGCAUUACAGACCACCUUCUCCAUUGCUAUUGUAUGGAUUUAGCAAAGAAGUUGUGGAGUGCCCUGCUUACUGGCCAUCAAAAGUUCGAGUUUGUGGCUUUUGGUUUCUCCCCCUUGAAUGGCAAUUCUCUUGCAACAAUUGUGCGGAAGUAUCUGCAUCAGCUCCUAGAGAGUUAAAUGAAAAAAAUGAGUUGUGUUCAGUUCACACUAGAUUGCAGUAUUUCCUUGGUACUUCAGGACAAGAGCCGCCUAUUUUCAUUAGUCUCAGUUCUGUUGGAAGCAUGGGUUUUCUGAAGGACCCUCGAGCAUUUCUACGGGUACUUGGACAUGUUAUGGAGAUCACGAGCCACAGAUUUAUUCUGUUGUCAGCAGGCUAUAAACCUUUAGAUGAUGCAAUCAAAAUGUAUGCUCAGGAAGCAUCUUCUGGCUCAGAACAAACACCAUGCAAUGAGGAUGGAUUUUUUCUUUUCAGCAGCCGUCUCUUUUCUUUAGCCAGUUCUGUGCCAUACAACUGGCUGUUUCCAAGAUGUGCUGCUGCAAUCCAUCAUGGGGGAAGUGGAUCCACUGCUGCUGCACUACAGGCAGGAAUUCCUCAGGUCAUAUGUCCAUUCAUGCUGGAUCAGUUCUAUUGGGCGGAGAGGAUGUUUUGGCUUGGCGUUGCUGCAGAGCCGCUGAAAAGAGAGCACUUGGUACCAGACACAGACGACGAUUUCCAUGUCACAGAAGCGGCCAAAAUGCUCGCAAAGGCCAUAAAUCACGCGCUUUCUCCUCAAGUUAAAGCACGCGCAUUACAGGUCGCUACAGCGCUAUCUACCGAGGAUGGAGUAUCAGAAGCAGUGCAGAACUUGAAGGAAGAGCUUAGCUAUUCCAAGCACUAGACUAGACUAGACU